GUACAUAUUGUUUUCCUGAACUCUUUACCCCUAAAUACUUAAGUGUGUGUUUCCUAGAAACAAGGUCAUUUAAAAAAUAUAAACAGAAUACAGUUAUCAAAAUCAGAAUAUUAAUAUUGAUACAGAACUAUUAUCCAAUCUACAGAGUUUAUUCAGAUUCUACUGAUUGUCUCACUAAUAUUUUUUAUAGUAAAUGAAAAAAACCCUUCUUUUGCUGUCUUGCUCAUUCUGCCGUGGGUACUCUGGCUUUAAUCUAGACGUCAGAGCUUGCUAAUUAUAACUCAACUUCUUUAGGCAAGAAACUAUAUGGAUGCAACAAAAGUGCAGUGAAUACUUGUAAACCACUCAUGACCAUGCCUUGGAGAACUCAUGCAGGAAAGAAAUCCCAUGAAUGCUGUGAUUGUAAGAGAGCCUUUCCCAGUAAGUUAAAGCUAAUUACUCAUCAGGAAACUCACACAGGAGAGAAAUCAUAUGGAUGCAAUCAACGUCAGAAAGUCUUCAUUACAAAGUCAGUGCUCACCUAUCAUCAGAAGACCCGUCACAGAGAAGGGAAGUCCUAUGGAUGCAGCAAAUGUGGGAAUACUUUCCCUUGGAAGUCAAAACAACUCACUUUACAUCAGAGAACUUAUUCAGGAAAGAGACCUUUCAGAUGCAGAGUAUGUGAUAAAGCCUUCAUGGUUAGGACACAUCUCACUGUACAUCAGAGAACUCACACAGGAGAGAAACCAUACGAAUGCUCGGAUUGUGAGAAAGCCUUCUCAAAAAAGUCUCAGCUCCUGAUUCAUCAGCGAAUUCACACAGGAGAGACACCAUUUGGAUGUAGUCAAUGUCAGAAAUCCUUCAUUACAAAGUCAGCACUAAUCUAUCAUCAGAAAACCCGUCACAGAGAAGGGAAAUCCUAUGGAUGCAACAAAUGUGGGAAAACUUUUCCUUGGAGGUCAAAACUCAUUUUACAUCAGAGGACUCAUUCAGGAGAGAGACCUUUCAGAUGCAGAGUAUGUGAUAAAGCCUUCAUGGUUAGGACACAUCUCACUGUACAUCAGAGAACUCACACAGGAGAGAAACCAUACGAAUGCUUAGAUUGUGAGAAAGCCUUCUCAAAAAAGGCUCAGCUCCUGAUUCAUUGGCGAAUUCACACAGGAGAGAGACCAUAUGGAUGCAGUGAAUGUCCACAAGCCUUCAUCCAGAAGUCAGAUCUCAGUAAUCAUAAGAAAACUCAUCAUGCAGUAGGGAAAUCCCAUGAAUGCAGUGAAUGUGGGAAGGUUUUGUCCUCUAAGUCAACUCUCAUUAUACAUCGGAGAAGCCAUACAGGUGAGAAACCCUUCAAAUGCAGUGCAUGUGAUAAAGCCUUCACAUCAAAGGCACAUCUCAUUGUACAUGAGAGAAUUCAUACAGGAGAGAGACCAUAUGAAUGCUUAAAUUGUGAGAAAGCCUUCUCCACUAAGGCACAUCUCAUGAUUCAUCAGCGAAUUCACACAGGAGAGAGGCCUUAUGGAUGUAAUGAAUGUCAACAAGCUUUCAUCCAGAAGUCAGGUCUCACUAACCAUCUACAAAAUUGUCAUGCUGGAGUAAAAUCGUAUGGAUGCAGUGAAUGUGGGAAGGUUCUGUCCUGUAAGUCAACUUUCAUUAUACAUCAGAGAACCCAUACAGGUGAGAAACCGUUCAAAUGUAGUGUAUGUGACAAAGCUUUCACAGCUAAAUCCUAUCUUACUGUACAUCAGAGAAUUCAUACAGGAGAGAGACCAUAUGAAUGCUGCAAUUGUAAGAAAGCGUUUGCUACUUUGUCAACUCUCAUUGGUCACCGGAGAACUCACACAGGAGAGAGACCCUAUGGGUGCAUUGAAUGUCAGAAAGCCUUCUUUCGGAAAUCAGCUCUUGCUAAUCAUCAGCGAACUCAGCAUAGAGGAAAAUCCUCUACGCAAUGACUGUGGGAAUGUGAGAAAGCUCUUUUGAUUAAUCUUAUCUACUCAGAGAACUCAUACAGAAUAGAAAUGCCUAUGAAGUCUCUGAUUAUAUAGACUCUUUUGGAACUCUUGUAGGAAAGAAACCUUAUAUAUGGAAUGAAAGUUGUACCUCUUCCAUCUGAAGACAUCUCCUCAUUAUACCUUAGGGAAUCUCACCAAAAAAGAAACAUUAUAAAGGCAGCAGUUGUCAAAAGACUUUAUUUGAAAGUCACAGCCUAUGCAUUUAGGAGGCAAAAACCUAUGGAUGCAGGGAAAGUGGGAAAUUAUUCUUUUUCAAGUCUUAUUUGUUAGACAUUAUGGUAUUCAUUCAGGAGAGGGACCCUACAGUUGCAGUGAAUGCAGCCAAGCUAAGAAAAAUUACAUCUCAUUGUACAUAAAAAUAAAAAUUUCAGGAAUGUUGUGAUAAUGAGAGUAUUCCCUAGAAAGUCAAAACUCUUUGAACAUCUUGUACAAGAGAUGAACAUCUUGUACAGGAGAGAGAUCCUGUAGGUGCAGUGAAUGUGGUAGUCUUAAUGCAUAUCUUCCGAUAAUGCAUAUCUUCCUUACAUCAACAACCCAGAUAGGAGGAAAGCCUUGUUAAUGUAGUAAAUGUAGUACAUCCUUCAUAUAGAUGUCAAAGCUCACUAAUCAUCCACAGAUUCAUAUAAUAGAUAAAUCUUUUUGAAACAAGGAAUGUGGAAAGCUUUUGAAAGUGACAUGUUAAACACCAGUUGCUUAAUUCAGGAGAGAAUCCAGUAGAUAUAGUUAAAGUCUGCCUUUGGCCACAAAAGGGUACGAAUUGCAGUAAUUGUCAAAAUGCUUUAUUUACAAUUCAGAGCUCCUUAAUUGCCCACUAACUCAUAUAGCAGAAAGACCCUGUUCUCAGGGGGAUAAUUUCUGGAUUCAAUGAAGUUAUAAAAUCCUUAAGGAAUUAUAUUUCUAUUUUACUCCAGUAAACUUCUACUUCAGUAAACUCAUACAUUACAGAAAAACUGUGAUUAUAGUCACUGAAAAUGCUUCCUAUGGAGGAUUGGCUAUCAUUAAGCACCAUGAGCUCUUGAAAAUAGAAACAAUUUGCUCUACACAGAGACUUUAUGAAUGUGGCAAAAGCAUCAGUGAUAAAUUAUAUUUUAUUUUUGCAUUUCAUGGUUUUAUUUCUUCACAUCUGACUGUAUCUUAAACUGUGAUGCAUGUUACAGUUGAUGGAAUGUCAUCAUUUCAUUGUUAGGGCUUUUCUACAUUUGGUGGCAUUCUAGAUUUGAGUAAUUAAGUAAAACCUGGGAACUCUAGAAUGAAAUAAUUUUCUAAGGGUUUAAUAUAAUUGUUUUAGAAAGGAUUCCAGAGAAUAUUCUACUACAAAUAUUAGGUAUUUUCACUGCAAAUACAAUGCUGUUUGAAUAUAGAAAAAAAUCAGAACAUAUGGAUCAGUUGGAUUUCGACCAAGGUUUGUAAGGGUUAUGUUGUAGACUAUAUACUACAUAAAAUGGACUUUAUGUAUUUAAUUUUAUUUUUAUUUUUGGAAUUACGUGAAGAAUGUAAUUUUUAGGGUUUAAUGAAUUUCCAGCAUAGGCAUAGAAUGUUGAGUAAUAUAAUCUAAUAUAAAUAGAAAUGUUCUAUUUCCUUAUAAAUCAAAAUUUAAUAUGUAAUUUGACUCAUUAAUAAGUCUAAAGAAUUACACCGCAUAAGUUUGUUGUCCUUAUCUUUACUGUCUUUUGUAGUAUUUCUGCCAACUGUGAUGAUACAUCAUUUCUUGAAGCCUACAUUUUUCUAGAGCCUUAUUUUUGAAAUAUCCAAAGAUGAUAAAAGAUGUACAUAAAAUACUAAAAAACAAGCAGCACAUGAGACUGAAGGAGGGAAGAAGACAGGGUUAUGUGUGGUGAGCUCAAGUGCUUGUAUUUCCACUGCUGUGUCUAACAGGAACUUUGGAAUCGUUAUUAUAACAUGUCCUUGGGCACUACAAACACUUCCUUUCCUCUUAGCAUUUCCUAAAAUGCCUGGUAUUUUUCUAAUAUUAAGAAUAACA